AAACUCUAAAACAAGGAAAAGGUAACUUAUUCGGGUGCUUUCGAUCUUCACUCCAUCAGGGGUCAUCAAAAAUGAGUCUUCGUAUGUAUAUAGCGCCACGAAAGGGAAUCAUUCUAAAUGCAUAAUGUAUUUCCGAAAAUAUUUAUGUGACGUUUUGUUAUCCUAUCUGCAUAAUGUUUUUUUGUGUUAAUCUACUGGAUUUUAUAUAUGGAAUAUAAGAAAACAGGAAACAACCCAGACGCGUCUUAGGAGUGGGCAUUAUUAUAUGUAUUAAGUUUCAAAUGCUAACAUAUGUGCAGAUUUGGCAGUAGUUUUACAAGUAAUAAUUUUUUGACGCUUUUUAUUUAUCUUUUUUUUUUUGUUUUACUAGGAUAGUUUUUUUUUAUAUUCAUUGUAAAUAUGUAAAUAACUUUCUAAAUAAACAGCAUUAAUCCGAAUCUUUUAAGUAAGAAUAAUAAAAUAAACUGGAUAUAAAGGUUCAACUAUUUAAUUAUGUAAAACCAACAUUUUAUAUUAUUUACAUAUAUCACAUUGGUUAUUUGGAAACAUAUUCAUCUUUAUUCGAUCAACGGAACUUAAUAUUGUAAACAUGGAACAUGGAAGGAAGUGAAAAGCAACCAAACAAACGAAUUAUUUGUAACAACCUUGACACUAUCAAGCAAUCAUUUCUUAACCGUCGUUGCUGUUUAGUAUAUAAAAUCAUUGCCACCGAUGAAACGAUAUCAUUCAGCAACAACUUGUCUAAUCCAACAUGAGAAGAAGCCUUCUUGUGGCAUUUGGGCUUCUGGCCAUCGCCGCCGUCAGCUCGGCCAGGGAGAUCCGAGAGAAGCGGUCGGCCGACCUCGAGGCGGCCGCGUCCGGCCACCACUGGGACAAGGGCGGCGGCCACGAGCACCACGGCCACCACCACCACGACCACGGCGGCGAGCACCACAAGGGACACAAGGGCCACCACGAGCACCACCACGGCAAGCACGGCCACCACCACCACGAGGGACACAAGGGACACCACGGCGAGCACGGCGGACACAAGAAGCACCACCACCACGACGACGGCUAUCACCACCACCACCACCACGGCGAGAAGGGCGACCACGGCCACGGCCACGAGGAGCACGGCCACUGGCACAAGGGACACGAUACCAAGGGACACCACGGCGUCGAGAAGCACGACGAGUUCAAGAAGGACAAGCACUUCCACGACCACCACGGCGAGAAGGGCUUCCAUGAGCACCACGGCGGCCACCACCACGAGGGCGGCUACAAGAAGGGCGGCCACUUCCACAAGGGCCACAAGCACGGCGGACACCACGAGCACCACCACGGCAAGAAGGGACACCACGAGGACGGCGGCCACCACCACCACCACAAGGGACACCACGGCGAGGGCGGGCACCACGAGCACCACCACCACCACCACGACCAUGACCACAAGGGCGGCCAUGAGGACCACAAGCAUUGGGGACACAAGAAGGGGCACUAAGCUCUUGCUGAAUGUACCUGAACUGAUAAUUGUUGAUUUGUUGCUCAAAUGCGUUUUUGUUAUGUUCUUACGCCAAAGAAUUAAAUUUUAUACAAAGUAA